AUGAAAGAACAGUUUUUAAUCUCAAUUCUCCUUAUAUUCAUCGAAAAAACAAAAUGUUCAUUUUGGACUGAAAUCCCUCCACAAUGUAUUUAUGACCGAACAACAUUAUUUUCAUGUUGGAAUGCAACCUUCACUCAUCCAAUACCUCUAUUCAAUGAUCUAAGUUAUACACUUAAAAAUCAUAAUGUACAAAUUCGUGAUUCAUAUUUUUAUUUAUCACUAAAUGAUUUAUUUAAUAAUGUUGGUUCAAAUAUUGAAAUUCUAUCACUAUUGAAUAAUACAUUUUCGUCACCAUUAUUUAAUCAAACGGAAAAAAUUUAUUUUCGUCUGCUACGAUCAUUAAGAAUUCAUGAUGAAAAACGUCUACAAUGGUAUCAAUUAAAUACGUCGUAUUUUCCACAAUUAAUCGACCUUGAUUUAUCCUAUAAUGGAUUUGCUGAUGAAAAAAUACUUUUAUUUAAUCAACAAAAUUUUCCUACGUUAAAAUAUCUUAAUUUAUCACACAAUCAACUACGAUCAAUCGACAGUUUAACUGGAAAUUGUUUAAAUAGAAUUGAAACUUUAAUUUUAUCGUUCAAUCCUUUAACAACAGUUGUGAAUCAAAUUUCUGAAUUUCAAUCACUCAGAUUUCUUGAUCUUUCAUCAACAGUAAUUAAACAACUAUUUAGUAUAACAUUAUUACCACGUUUAGAAACAUUUCUAUGUCGCCAAUGUCAACAAAUUCCCAUGAAUGAAUAUGAAAAAUUUCUUACAAAUUGUUCUCUCUUUCAUAAUCAUUUAAUACUUGAUUUAACCGAAACAAAUAUUAAUUCAUUAAGCCUUUUUAAUCCACAUAUAAAAUGCAUGAAGAAUUUAAUAUUCAAUAAUCAACAUUUAAUUAAUUCCGUAUCAACAAAAGAUUUGUUACUUAGUGUUAAUCUUGAAAAUAUUCAAAUAAGAAAUAUUGAUAAAAUUGAUUCUAUACAAUUAAAUGUAUAUGAUCGCUUAAAAUCCAUUGAUUUUAAUGAUAAUAUGAAUUUACAAUAUGUAAGUUUACAUUUAAUGUCUGAUUAUACAUAUUUACAGCUUUUAACAAUUUCAAAUACGGCAGUAAAAAAUUUCUCAAUCGAUUUUAAUCAAACAACGAAAGACAUUCUACAUGUCGAUGUAAUUGAUAUGAGUCAUAGUCGUUUAGAAACUCUUGAUUUUCUAAAAUAUCUGACAUUCUAUACCUUAGAUGUCAGUUAUAAUCGUUUGAAAAUUAUUGAUAUAAAUCAAAUACAUUUUUCUCAUGGUAUGUAUGAGCUAUCAUCAAUGAAUCUCUUGAAUUUAUCAUCGAAUAGAAUGGAAUUUAUUAGAAUCAAUUGGGAGAAUGAAUCACCACAUACUAUUGAUCUAUCUGAAAAUAAUCUUAAAUCAAUUAAAUUACAGGGUCAAUCAACAUAUUCACUUCUAUUAAAUCAAAAUAGGAAUUUAUCAAUUAAACCAACAACAUUCAUUAUUGAUUUGCCUUUAUUACGAUAUCUUAAUUUAAAUUCUAUUCAAUUUGAUUCAUUUGAAAAUCUUGUUUAUUUACAUAAUAUAUCAAAUAUGCAUACAUUACUUUUAAAUAAUAACCAACUUAAAAAACGGCAUAGAACAUUAAAUUGGAGUAUUUUUUAUCCAUGGCAUAGAACGUUAACUCAUCUUUCGCUUCAAAACAUCUCACUUGAAAAUAUCGAUUUCGGUGUUACUUUAAAUGAAUAUUAUCAUUUAUUAACGAUUGAUUUUUUUUCUAAUACACAUCUCAAAUGUGACUGUUCAUUAAAACCAUUUAUAAAUUGGCUAAAAACUCCACCAUUACCAUUAGCUGAUUUUUAUGAACCAUUAAAUAAAGUAUUAGGUAUUGAAUGUCCUGUGCGAUUAUUUGAUUUGAAAUGUGAUGUUCGAAAAGCAAAAUUAAGAAUUUUCAUAGCAACUCCUAUUAUAGGAAUAUUAAUUAUCAUAGUUAUAAUGAUAUUCAAACUACUUUAUAGUUAUUUAAAAGUAAAACCUUCGAAACCGUAUCAAAAUAUGGCGACAGACAAUGAUUCAAUAGCAUUAACUGAACAAAGUGUUAUACAGAAAAGCGACGAAGAAUGA